ACGCCUCGGAAAUUUGUGAAUAGCAGCAACGCUGUCGUGUUGAUCUACCAAAACGUAAACAACUCCGUAUCCACCGGCUUUACCGCAAAAAACAAGCUUCCGAUAAGCGAAAAGCACCGACACCGUGUUCACCAGCACCGUGUACCAUUUUCCUGUUGACCCCAGUACAUCCCAACGGCCGGCAAAGUGGCGGACGUACCGAAAAUGAAGCUCAUCGACUCGGUCGUGAGGAGCUUCAAGGUGGCGAAGGUGUUCCGCGAGAACACGGACAAAAUCAACGCCAUCGACUUUUCCGCCAACGGUGAGAUGUUGAUAUCGUGCAGCGAGGACGACCAGAUCGUGCUGUACGAUUGCGAGAAGGGCACCCAGAUCCGGACGGUCAACUCGAAAAAGUACGGCGUCGAUCUGAUCCACUUCACACACGCCAACAACACGGCCAUACACAGCUCGACCAAGGUGGACGACACGAUCCGGUACCUGAGCCUGCACGACAACAAAUACCUCCGGUACUUUCCCGGACACACGAAAAAGGUGAUCUCGCUCAACAUUUCCCCGGUGGAGGAUACGUUUCUGUCCGGAUCGCUCGAUAAGACGCUCCGGUUGUGGGAUCUCCGGUCGCCCAACUGCCAGGGCGUGAUGCAGCUGAACGGCCGUCCGGUUGCGGCCUACGAUCCGGAAGGUUUAAUUUUUGCCGCUGGCGUAAAUUCGGAAAGUAUAAAGCUGUACGAUUUGCGCUCGUUCGAUAAGGGACCGUUCGUGACGUUCAAGCUAAACCAGGAGAAGGAAUGCGAUUGGACGGGGUUAAAGUUUUCGCGCGACGGCAAAACAAUUCUGAUCAGUACGAACGGUUCCAUCAUUCGAUUAAUCGACGCGUUCCACGGAACACCACUGCAAACGUUCACUGGACAUUUAAACAAUAAGGGCAUUCCCAUCGAGGCAUCCUUCAGUCCCGACUCGCAAUUCAUUUUCUCCGGCAGUACGGACGGCCGGGUGCACGUGUGGAACGCCGACACCGGCUACAAAAUAUGCGUUCUCAACGGUGACCAUCCCGGCCCGGUACAGUGUGUACAGUUUAAUCCGAAGUUUAUGAUGCUUGCGUCCGCCUGCACCAACAUGGCAUUCUGGUUGCCGACCGGCGAGGAGUAAUGGUGGUGGGCAACUAUUUUAAAUCACGCUGUGUACAGAAAGUCUACACCGUCGUUUCCCCCAAAACCCAAUGCUAUCAACAAUACAACCUCGAACAGGACACUGCGAGCAUUUUGCGUCGGCUACUUUUGACGAAAACGAGCUGAAAGGGCUGAAUCCGGGUUCCACUUGUGUUCGGAAAGCUACGCAUUAGCUUCAAUAUUGUAGAGAGGCAGUACAGUUAAGACUCGAGCGAAAUAAAAACAUAGAGUAUGUUUCGAUGUGCAAUUUUCACUUCGAAAAUUCCCAAA